GAGUCGUCUGGCAAGACUGCGGGCACCGAGUCGUCUGGCAAGACUGCGGGCACCGAGUCGUCUGGCAAGACUGCGGGGGCACCGAGUCGUCACCGAGUCGUCUGGCAAGACUGCGGGCACCGAGUCGUCUGGCAAGACUGCGGGCACCGAGUCAACUGGCGGACAGCGGGCAUCGAGUCAACUGGCGGGACUGCGGGCACCGAGUCGUCUGGCAAGACUGCGGGCACCGAGUCGUCUGGCAACACAGCGGGCACCGAGUCGUCUGGCAAGACUGCGGGCACCGAGUCGUCUGGCAAUGACUGCGGGCACCGAGUCGUCUGGCAAGGCACUGGGCGGGCACCGAGU